GCGAACUCACAAUGCGAGAGCCUUCUUAUUUCUUGGAAGCACCUCGGCGCGUGGGCCUCGAGUCGGAGCAAUAAAAGCUCCUUCGUACCCGCAGCCUAUCGAAUUAUCUUGUCUGAUAUUGCCUCCUUCGAUUCCAUCUUCCCCGAUCCCUGAGCCGUUCGUUGUGGCAGCUUCAUCCCAUCAACCUAUCUCAAAAGACGCCUAUUCCUUCAUAUCUCUUCCUUCUUGCUUCACCACCAAUCCACUAUGGGCUCUAUAGAUAGGCAUGAUAGUCUCCAUGUCGAUGUGAUGAUCAUUGGUGCAGGGAUAUCCGGUAUAAAUGCGGGUUAUCGUGUGCAGACGGAGUUGCCAGGCUACAGCUACACCAUUCUGGAGUCCCGCAAUGCCAUAGGAGGCACUUGGGAUCUCUUUAGGUACCCAGGAAUUCGAUCUGACUCCGACCUACAUACAUUCGGCUUCCUCUGGAGACCGUGGUCGAAAGCCAAUUCGAUCGCCGAUGGAGAGUCCAUUCGAAACUACAUCAGAGAAUCAGCCGAGAAAUACGGCAUCGAUCGCAAGAUUCAGUUCCAUCACAAACUCGUCGCUGCUGACUGGUCUUCCGAACAACAAAACUGGACGCUUGCCGUGGAGGCUGGUGGCGAAAAGAAAUUGUAUACCGCCCGAUUUAUCAUUCUCAGUACAGGAUACUAUGAUUACAACGAGCCCUUGAACGCUACAAUCCCGGGAAUCAACAAAUUUCAAGGCCAGGUCAUCCACCCGCAGUUUUGGCCUGAAGAUCUCGAUUAUGCAGGGAAGAACGUGGUCAUCAUUGGGAGCGGCGCAACGGCCAUCACCCUCCUUCCCAAUCUCGCGGAGAAGGCUACAAAAGUGACGAUGCUGCAAAGAAGCCCCAGCUACAUCAUGGCCCUACCAGCCGUUGAUCGCACGGGAAACUUCAUGCGAAAGUGGCUUCCUACUUGGAUGGCACACGCGCUCGUGCGGUGGAAGUUUCUAGUGCUUCCAUUCCUGUUCUUUAAGUUCUGCCGAGCAUUCCCCAACGCUGGUCGAAAAGUCAUCCAAGCAAAUACUAAAAGGCACCUCCCACCUUCAAUGCCCCACGAUCCGAAUUUCAAGCCGGCGUACAACCCCUGGGAGCAGCGAUUAUGCGUCUGCCCGGAGGGCGACUUCUUCAAAGCACUGCAGAACGGCAACUCUGAUAUUGUUACCGACACAAUCAAAACAGUCACGGCAUCAGGCAUCGAGACUACAUCUGGCAAGACGAUUGAUGCGGAUAUUAUAGUCACCGCGACUGGCUUGAAGAUUCAACUUGCAGGGGGGUCCAGUAUUUUAGUGGAUAGGAAGCCGAUUGACGUCUCGACGAAGUUCAUGUGGAAGGGUGUUAUGCUGCAAGAUAUGCCGAAUGCAGCAUUUGUCAUCGGAUAUACCAAUGCCUCUUGGACUCUGGGUGCUGAUGCCACUGCACAGACUGUUUGCAGAUUGUUGAAGCAUAUGGAUAGUCACAAUGCCUCAAGCGCCGUUCCUCGGGUCCCAAGCGGACAGAAGAUCAAGCCAACGCCCGUCUUGAAUCUAAAUUCCACAUAUAUUGAGAAGUCCAAGGGCCAGUUGCCGAAGGCUGGCGAUGUUGGUCCAUGGCAGCCGAGAGCAAACUAUUUGGCAGAUUACUGGACCUCGAAUUAUGGAAACGUGACGACAGACUUGGAGUUUGGAAAAGCUUUGAAGAAGAUCAACUGAGACCGGUUUUGACUACAAAGAAAUUUUUGAUAUCUGAGGGGUGCUGCCCCACUGGGAUGCCGGCUUGGAUAUUUAUCUCGUGUUUUGAAUUGGAGAUCUAGACGCAUCCCAAGUUAGACGUUGACGGCUGCUUACUAUUUAUUAAUAUUUCGUCAUUCUUAUAGAUACUUGUG